AUGAGUUCUCCAUCGUCGCUCAAGCUGCUGGCAAUAAAAAGUCUGCUGAAAGAUGAAGCCUUGUCUCUCUCUGCUCUGAAGACCUUGCCCAUGGAACUCUUCCCGCCAGUAUUUAAAGUCGCCUUCGAUGGCAAACAAACAAACAUCCUGAGGGCCAUGGUGGCAGCCUGGCCCUUCAGAUGCCUUCCUGUGGGAGCCCUGAUGAAGACUUCUGACCUGGAGAUUUUGAAGGCUGUGCUGGAUGGCCUUGACCUGCUCAUUAAACAGAAGGCUCAACCUAGGACUUGCAAACUAGAAGUGCUUGAUCUUCGGAAUUCCCAGCAUAACUUCUGGAAGGUGUGGGCUGGAACAGAGGAUGUUGAGUGCUCUCCAGAUGUCAUUAGUGAGAGGCAAUCAGCGGUGUGCCAUACCAUAAGACGGGGAAAACAGAUUGUGACUGUGAUGAUGGACCUUUCCCUCAAGUCCAGGGAUCUCUGUAAAUCCCUAAAAUAUUUCCACUGGUGGGCCAAGCAGAGGAAAGAUGUGGUGCAGGUGAUCUGUGAAAAGCUGGAGUUUGGGGCCCGACCUGUCUAUAAGCCCCUAAAGCUGCUGGAGGUAUUUGAGCAAAGCUCUAUACAGGAGUUGGAAGUGAAUGCACGCUGGGACCUGAGAACCCUUGCGAUGUUUGCCCCUGGCCUGGGUCAGAUGAGAAAUCUUCAGAAACUCCUUAUCAAUGAAAUCUUCACACCUUUGGAGUGGUUUAGGGACCAAGAGAUGAAAGAAUUGUGUUUUAGAGAUAUCAUUUCGCAGUUCUCCCAACUCAAGAAGCUCAAGAAUCUCUAUUUGAAUGGUGUCUUCUUCCUCCAUGAUAGACUGGACCGAGUGCUCAGGAACUUGGAGAGUCCCUUAGAGAUCCUUGCAAUCACUCGCUGCAUGCUAUCAGAAGCAGAUAUGAUGUAUCUUUCCCAGUGUCUAAGCGUUCAUCAACUCACACAUCUGGACCUGAGUGGUGUCAGCUUUUUAAAUUUAAGUCAUGCUCUUCUAGGAAGACUGCUAGAGAGAUUGACAGGUACACUACGGACAUUAAAAUUGAAGGGAUGUAAGCUCAUGGACUUCCAAAUCGGCGUUCUUCUCCCUGCCCUGAGCCAGUGUUCCCAGCUGGUUGAGGUGAAUUUUGUGAAGAACUUCCUGUCUGUGUCCAGUCUUCAGAAGCUCCUGCAGCAUACUGCUAACCUUAAAAACCUGACCCUAGAGAUGUACCCUGCCCCUGAUGAAGUCUAUGAUGACACUGGUGAUGUAAUGCCAGACAGAUUUGCCCAACACUGUUUUGAGCUCUUGGAAACAAUCAGAGGUAUAAGAGAGCCGAGAGAGAUCUAUUUUGUGAGUAAGAGAUGUCUUGAUUGCCAGGGUUUCUGUGUGUAUGACAAGGAGGCCUCACUAUGUUCAUGUUGGGAAUAAAGGAUGAGAUAUCACUGCUGGACUCUGAGAAAUGAAAGCCAGGACUCAAGUGACUCAUCAGAGACAC